CCUGUUGAAAUUUUAAAGAGAUGAUCCACCCCACUGCCCACUAAAGCACUUGGGAUUUUUUGUUUGGCCUUUCCAGUUGAGUGCCAUUCUGUGGAUCAUGAGCUUGGUGCCCAAUGCCAGCAUCACUGUCCCUUCCAACUCGGGCACUAGUGGAACAGGAAGUGGCUCAAGUGGAGGUGGAACAGGCACCGUGUGGGUAACCCCUCUUCUCGGUGCUACCCUGAUCACCAUGUGCAUCCUUGGCGUUGUGGGAAAUGUUUACACACUGGGUGUAAUGCGCUCUGCGGUUCUGCGCCGCUCUGGUUCCAUGUAUGUCUUCAUUGUCAAUCUGGCAGCAGCUGACCUGCUCUACCUGGGCACCAUCCCGUUCGUAGUAUGCACCUACUUUGUCCAUGACUGGCUCUUUGGUGAGACAGGUUGUCGGGUUCUGCUUAGCCUCGAUCUGCUCACCAUGCAUGCCAGUGUCUUUGCCCUUGUGGCCAUGAGUCUGGAACGUUAUCGUGCCGUGGCAUCACCAUUCCAUGCCCGUCGCUCUGCCACUGACUCUGCCCGAUGCCACUGGCUACCAGCUCUUGCCAUCUGGUGUGCUGCCUUGGUACUCACAUUACCCAUGAUGGUGAUGAUCAGGCUACGGGAGGGGCGUCCAGCAGCCUCUGGUCUCGUCAAGCGCAUCUGCUUCCCCACAUGGACGCCUGAGGCCUUCAAAGCCUACCUCACUGUUCUUUUCUUCACUAGCAUGUUGGUGCCAGGGCUAGUAAUGGUGGUGCUAUAUAUAGGGUUAGCACGACACUACUGGAUAGCGCAGUCCAACCUCACCCGUAGAGGAGCAGGAAACAAGAGCAGCAUCCGACUUUCCACCUCUUCUUGCCCGUCUAAGCGGAAAAGGCUUAAGCACAAGGUGGUCUGCAUGAUCUUCAGCAUUGUGGUGGCCUAUUGGGCAUGCUUUCUGCCCUUUUGGGGCUGGCAGAUGGCCAAACUUUUCUCAGCCGAAUCCCUGCGCUCAUUGACACCUGCCACACACACCUAUGUCAACUUCUUUGUUACUUGCCUUACAUAUGGCAACAGUUGUGUGAACCCGCUGCUAUACACAUUGCUCACCCGCAACUAUAAAGACUACCUGGCGCAAAGGGGACAGGCCUCAGGCUCCAGCCGUAUCGACCAGGGCUCAGGGUCAGGUAUUAACAAUCUGUAGAUGAAAUUAUCUGAUUGACUGCCAUGGAUAACGUCUUACUAAUAUUCUACCACAACUGCAUUUGGUUAUAUCUCAUAUUCCCAACCCUGUCCCUGGAACACCCUGUACUGUAUAUUUCUUUUUAUUGUUUUCCAUGAUCAAUCACACAAUCUUCAACUCAGGAAAGGUUGUUAUUAGCUGAGUAGGUGUAUAUGGCACAAGGGCAACACUAAAAUGUAUUACAUAGUAUGCUAUAACAGUAGUUAUGAACCCUGGUCCUGGAGUCUACUUGAUCUGAAUAGUUUUGCCUGCUCGCGCUCAGCUAAUCUGGCUAAUACACUAAUUAACAGGCCUGUUGUGAGUGGAUGUUUAGUGCAAGAGUAUUUAAUCCAAAUGAAGUCAGGAAUACUUGUAUUGUCAUGCCAUCCAAAUACAUGCAUACAGAAGAAUGAAAUGUUGUUCACCCAGGACCAGAGUUCAACACAACAAAAAAGAGGGCACCAAAGUCUAUGACUGGGAACCACUGCUACAUAGAUUAUGCAAUGACUUGAGCAACUACCAGAUCAGUUUGAAUCAGUCUGACAUUUUUGACAAACGCUGGUAAGUGGUGGACAGCCAAUUUGAUGGACAGCUGAUUAUUUAGAUAAGUUGCUUGCUACAAUUUUCUGAACCUACAGGUUGCCAUGGAUUCAGCUUCAUUUGUGACAUGAACCAUCUUUAGUGCUUUGUUUAUAUUUUAGCUAGAUUAUGUCUUAAUUAUGUUUGAUAUCUUUAUCAGUGUUAGCACAUCCCACUUAUAAAGGUAUGUUUUGUUGUGAAGUUUCUUUUAGCAGUACUCUAAAGAUCUCUAAAGAUAAAAUACACGCCUCAAGCUCUUAUCACCUAGAUCAACUCACCAGUGGUUCUUUCAGUAGUGAUAUUGAUAGGAGGAUGAACACACACUGAAAUGCAGUUGUGUGUUUGUAUCUAAACAUUAAUGCAAAUUGAAACAAAUGUGUGUGUUAUGUGUGUGUAGUCAUGGAUAACUCCAGGUUGGAUAUGUCUGUACUGUUCCCUUACACUCUGGAAUGUUUCUCCAGGCCGAUAAAUUCCUCACUCUGGGCCACAGGCCUUUUCGAGUAGCAAUGCAAAUUAUUCCUACUCAGCUGUGAGAGUAGAUAAUAAUGCUGACAAUAUAGAUGACUUGAACAAUGCUUGAUGAACCAUGUGACCUUCGGCUUGGUGAAAUCAUUGUGGUUGCAUCACUGAUGAGACUUGUUGAACCGAAAUCAUUUAAAUCAUAAAAAAAAAAAAAAAACCUAAAA